UAAUGAUUUUUAAGUUAAAAGGGUUAAUUAUCAUGAAUAAAAAGAAUAAGAAAAAUAUUGUCCAAUUUAAAAAGUUCAGGGGCCGUCCGUAAAUAAUAAAAAUAAAAUAAAAUAAAAAAACCGGGACUUCUCGCAUUUCUGGCAAGGCUUUCGCACGCACGGCGCACCAGCUGCUCACCAUUCCUUGCUUCCCCAAUCUCACUUAGAAUUUCUCUUCUGAAAUUUACAAGGCCAGUCAACAGUGAGAUAUUUAAGAGUUGAUUCCACGCGGCUGGUUGGCUUUCUAUGUUUGAUGUGAUUGCCUUCAGACUGGGGCUGGUUUUGUAUUACUCUUUAGGGCUAUGCCGCUAUGCCGACACUUGGGUGAAGUUCAGGGGAUACUCUGACACUUUGAAAGUUGAGGGGCUACCAUAACACAUUUAAGCCACCCUCGUGGUUUUGAUACAUAUAUAUAUAUAUAUAUAUAUAUAUAUGCACACAUAUAUAUUAUUUUACUAGUUGGUGCUCUUCUCUAGCUUUCACAAAAGAAACUAGUGUUGGCCUUGCUUGCAGUUAAUAGUAGAGCAACUAAAUUUGAAAGCGAAACAACAAAAAUGAUGGCUUAAUUUCUGUUUGUUGGAGAUGAUGGUGGUGAAAUUCUGUGAUACGCUGCCUUCCAAUCUUUCCAAACAUGUCAUUGUCAAGACUUUCUAGAAGAGCACAUCUCUUGCCAUACCUAAAACAUUUACAUGACGUGCCUCUUGCAUCCAGGUGUUUACCUCAUGACUUAGUCUCAUCAAGUUAUAGUUUCACCAGGGGUAAUAAUGGAUAUUGGAGGCCUGUUGGAUAUAAUAUAUGGAGAACAGAGUUAAUACAUGAAUUUAGUACGGGUUCAUUUGAUAAGUAUCGCCAAGUUUCAGCACAUGCUACCAAAUGCUUCAGAAAACCUUAUUCUUUGUUCAGUCAGCAUCACUAUGCAUCUGUUGCAUCUAACGAUCAGAAAUCAAGGAAGAUGCUUCUUUAUCUUACAGCACUGGUGUUCGCAAUGGUGGGAUGUAGCUAUGCUGCUGUUCCCCUAUACAGGAGGUUUUGCCAGGCAACAGGGUAUGGGGGCACCAUCCAGCGACGUGAGAGUGUUGAAGAAAAGAUUGCUCGGCAUGCUAAUGAUGGGACAGUCACUACAAGGGAGAUAGUGGUCCAGUUUAAUGCUGAUGUGGCUGACGGGAUGCCAUGGAGAUUUAUUCCUACACAAAGAGAGGUAAGGGUUAAGCCUGGAGAAAGUGCUCUUGCAUUUUACACUGCUGAGAAUCGAAGUUCAACUGCGAUAACUGGAGUAUCUACAUAUAAUGUUACUCCUAUGAAGGCUGCGGUUUACUUCAAUAAAAUACAAUGCUUUUGCUUUGAGGAGCAGCGUCUUCUUCCUGGGGAGCAGAUUGACAUGCCUGUUUUCUUUUACAUUGAUCCCGAGUUCGAAACAGAUCCUAGAAUGGAUGGGAUCAAUAACCUGAUUUUGUCCUAUACAUUCUUCAAGGUUUCUGAGGAAUAAACAGAAAACGGUCUUCUUCGAUGAUCACCCUGUGUAUUACUAUAUUUAGGCCAUCAUCACUCUGCUCUUCCAACUGGAUAGUCGACGAAUAAUUUUUUUAUAUUUACAAGCUCAAAUAUUUGAUUUUGAUAGUGCA